UUUAAGGGGGAUUUAUUUGAGAAACAUAAAAACACAACAGAACACUUCAUAGGCCACUUUACAUGAUAAAAUAGGCAAAAACAACAUACAUAUUUUACAAGCAUAAACACUCGGGUACAACUAAUGACAGUCAUAGUGGUAUACGUUAUGAACAGACAAGGUGUAUUCAUAAAAAAUAGCUUAGAUAACUGCAGUCAUCUGAAAUACCAUGACAAACAACCUAAGUCUUAAGAUCAAUCAAAAACCAUGAUGGGCUUUUUGCUGUAGGCCCAAGUGGUUGCUGCCGAAACGGGCAAGUUCAUGAAGCCUGAGAAGGUGGUGCUUGUCCUGGCUGGACGCUACUCUGGAUGCAAAGCCGUCAUCGUGAAGAACACUGAUGAUGGCACCUCAGAUGGCCCCUACAGCUGUGCUCUGGUGGCUGGAAUUGACCGCUACCCCCGCAAAGUGACAGCUGCCAUGGGCAAGAAGAAGAUUGCCAAGAGGUCAAAGAUCAAGUCUUUUGUGAAAGUUUAUAACUACAAUCACCUAAUGCCCACAAGGUAUUCUAUGGAUAUCCCCUUGGACAAAACUGUCGUCAAUAAGGAUGUCUUCAGAGAUCCUGCUCAUAAAUGCAGGGCCCGAUGAGAGGCCAAGGUCAAGUUUGAAGAGAGAUACAAGACAGGCAAGAAAAAGUGGUCCUUCCAGAAGCUGUGGUUUUAGAUGCUUUGUUUUGGUUAUUAAAAAUUAAAAAGAAAAAAAAA